GUGUAAAUUUAUAGUUUGGGUUGGCGCCACAUAUAAAAUACAAUUUUUUUUUGUUUGAUUAUCAAUAUUAGAAUUGGUUGUUACUGACUUUACGCUUGGACAUCAUUCAAGAAAUUGAUUUCAAGUGAAUUCGAAGUGAUGCCUGAAUGUACAAAUGAUCGAUUAAUUUCGUUCGUUACGAAUGAACACGUACUUGUUACGGGUGGUGCCGGUUACAUUGGAUCAUCAUUGGUUCCACAACUUUUACAACAUGGUUAUAUGGUGACCGUAUUCGAUCAAUUUUAUUAUGGCAUUUCUUCACUGCUUUCGGUCAUUGCAGAUCCAAAUCUAAGAAUUAUUAAAGGAAACAUAUGUAACACAAAUGAAUUACGUACAGUAUUGACCGAUGAAAUCACCACUGUUAUUCAUUUGGCUGCAAUUGUUGGUUAUCCUGCUUGUGAUGAGAAUCCAGAAUUGGCCAUCGAGGUAAAUGAAACAGGAACAGCUAAUAUCGUUGAAUUGAUACGACCAAAUCAAAAGUUAAUUUUUGCAUCAACCGGAUCUUGUUAUGGUGCUAUCAAAGGAUUAUGUACAGAAGAAACACCCAUCUCUCCGUUAACUUUGUAUGGUAAAACAAAAUCCAAAUCGGAAGAAAUGAUCUUAUCCAAAGGUGGUGUUUGUUUACGAUUGGCCACAUUGUUUGGCGUUUCACAACGAAUGCGUUUAGAUUUGCUCAUCAAUAAUAUCACACAAAUUUUAUUGAAUGAACGUGAAAUCGAUUUGUAUGAAGCAGAUUUUCGUCGCACAUUUCUUCAUGUUCGUGAUGCUGCACAUGCAUUUUGUUUUACAAUAUCACAUUAUGCAAAAAUGAAGGAACAAAUAUUCAAUGUUGGCGAUGAAUCGAUGAAUAUGACGAAAAAAAUGGCUGCACAAAAAAUCAUCGAGCAGAUGCCAUUUCCAUGUUCGAUUCGUGUUUCCGUAACCGGCCAGGAUAAAGAUAAAAGAGAUUAUGAAGUUUCUUAUGAGAAAAUCAAACGACUUGGUUUUCGUUCGACCAUUUCGAUUGAAAAAGGUGUAGAAGAAUUGCUUAAAACUUUACCACAAAUGUCAUUAUCAGAAAUCAAAUUAUCUAAAAAUAUUUCAUAAAUUAUAAAAUGUUAUUUCUUACAAAAAAUCUGUAGCGUAAUGCCAUCUAGUUGUGGCACUGAAACAAGUUUGUGCAUGCUUUC